CAGUUCUGUGCUCCGUCAUAAUCUCACAGAGCUUGGUGCGGGUAGGUUCCGUAGACCUCCCGUUAAAAAUAAUAUUAUAUUCUGUGGCGUGUUGAAAAACGGGAAAAGUGUGUUGUGUUCGGUGUGUGGUACCAGCUGGAGUUAUUUCAGUGCUAAAAUUGGUUGAUAUCGAUGUGUCUCGUGUUAUCAGUGCUCUCUGCGUUGUCGUGACGAAACACGAGGUGCUUGAUUGUGCAAUCACCAGUCUCAAGGCUUCAAAAUUGAUCGUUUUAAGAAAAGCAUCUCCUUGACAGAGGAUCGUUCGUGACAAAGGGUCCACAAAAUACGCGCAAGGCCUGGUGACGUCACCCGGUAUCCACGUUUCUCCAGGGACGUAUCAGAAGAACGGCAGGGAGAUAAGGCGGCCAGCGUGUCGUACCGCCACUGGUGAGGAUGGAGCGCGAAUCGAAUCAGAUGCAGACCCUUUGCAGAUCGGGUUGCGGCUUUUACGGCAGUCCAGCCACCGAUGGACUCUGUUCCCUGUGUUACAAGGAAGCCCUUAAAAAGAAACAACAACUUCCAACAACCCCUUCAAGUCACUGCAACGCCUUGAGCAUGGCUUCAGCAGCUACACCAACGACGAAUCACAUAAGUCCUCUGGUGUCACAUGCCGAUUUUGGCCAAGCUGAAGCCGUAGAUCAAUCACAAGCCGCCGCCACCUCUACUCCUGAACCUAUCUCGGUGCCCCUCGAAGCAUCACCCAGCACCGUCCCAGGAGUGUCAACGGAGAGCGCGGACGAAGACAAAGAUGGCGACAAGGACAAGAAGAAGAAGAACAGGUGCCGCGUGUGCCGCAAGAAGGUCGGCUUGACUGGAUUCGAGUGCCGGUGUGGGGGCCUAUUCUGUGGUAUCCAUCGAUACAGUGACAAACACGAUUGCGACUUCGACUACCGAGAGCUGGGAGCGAAAGAAAUUAGGCGUAAUAAUCCAGUAGUCGUAGGUGAGAAGAUUCAGAAAAUAUGAGCCCCGCCACAGUUUUAAGUGCCACAUUGCGCCGAAGUGAAAAUUGGACGCUAUUUACGGUGCUUAGUGUAAAAGGACAAGUGAUGAAUUUCCCCCCUCCCUGGCUGUAGCAAAAAAAGAUGCUCAGCAAAUAGUACUUUUACAAUUUGCCACAACUGUCAUUAGUAUAACUUUCAACUAAUAAAUUUAUAUAGAUCUAUGUCAUUUUUAGCUUCUUUCCUUUUUUCUUUGUUGUGUAUAUAGUUGACUUGAAUCGCAUGAUAAUAUUCUAAAAUAAUGUAGAGCAACGUCAUCCCCAGAUGUACGUUUAGCGUUUGUAAAUUGUACGAUCAAAACCAUCGCAACAAAAAAAAAUGAUAUCUAUUUGAAGUUUUCAUUGUGCUUAUAAUCGAGAUUCAGUUAAUUUAGUCAAGUAUAUAGUGUGAGUUCGAUUUUUUGAAUUACAAUGUUUUUGUUGAGAGUUCAUGCCGGGCAGUCUAGAUUUCGCUAGAUGCUUGAGAUACGGUGACGAUUAAGGAUGAGGUUAUUUGAAACUUAGUUUUAUUUUAUUGUGCAAAUAAUAUAGAGUGAUAUUUCAAAUAUACAUGGACUAAAAUAAUAAGGCGUUAAUGGUGUUUUUUGUUUAAUAAAUGUUGCCUACCCUGUGGAAAAUAUGUUGUGUCGUCGUAUUCGGGCUGACUUGGCGGGGAUGUUUAAUUCGAGCUCUUGGAUUUAUCAAUUUAAUCGACACUACACUUUUCCAGCUUUAUUGAUUGACUGUUUUGUUUUUCUGAGUUUUUGUUAGUGGCAUGGUUGAGUUUUACACUGGUUUCAUUAAUAAAACUUUAGAAAAUGAAUUUAUACAUUCACAAGCGUUUUCGUUGGUCCAGUCUUCGCUUUCCCUUCUGAAUAAUUAUUUAAUUUAAACACAGACUAUGCUAAUCAUCCUUCACAGUAUGAUAUAUCCACAUCUUGGAAGUUGGACAAAAGGGACUUAACCUCAAUUUUCUCAAACUUUUUACAUAUUUCACUUGUAUUCAAGAAACGGAAGGCAUACAAUGAACAUAAAUAAGACCGGAAAUUAAAAUUCAAUAUUUGUAUACAUAUUGAUAAUACUGAAAUAUUUGAAACAGCAGAAAAGUAUGCAAUGGUAUGAUCAUAAUAAAACCAUAUAGGAAACUACAAUAUUCAUCCCCUAGUCCAGCUGUCAAGAUACGUUCCGAAUCGUCUGUCAAAUUACAGUUACCCAUUCAAGUACAAUUUUAAUUCAGCAUUAUUUAUUUGACUUGACCAGCGAAAACCAGUUCAGUAUUGGGGAAAUCGAAAAUUCAGUUACACAUCACAUGCUAAAUUUUAGGGGAAAAAUUUGAGCCUAGUUGUUCCAAUUUUUUUUUACCAAAUAAUAAUAUCAAAGAUAUUGAAUGAGUAAUAUGGCAGAAAACAAUGUUACUAGAAUUUCGGAUAUUUUUGAGGAUUCUUAGGGAAUGAUUUAAUUUGUUAUGAAUUGUUUAAUGAAAUAAAAUUAAUGAUUAUUUACCUUGUACUCGUUUUAAUAUUUCAAUCUUAAGUUUUGGUACAGUUUUUUCAUUUUAACUUUUCAGUUCACUGAAAACUACAAGAAGAUACUUGAAGUGAAGUUUAUUUUUCUUGGUAAUUUUCAUAUCUGAAAAGGUUUGUUUCAAAUUUCAUCACAAUUUGGUAUUUUCGUCACAAUCAUCCGAACAGUCUUAUGAAGUACAUUUCUUAGAAUUCAUAUAAAAUCAGAUUUAUGUAGAAGCUGGGAUAUUUCUGAAUUAGUGUGUGAUAAGACACUAAUAAUAAUAUUGUAUUCAUGAAUAUAUCAUGGUUGAUAUAUUUGAAAUAUGGAAAAUUUCUUCUGUAGUAACUAUCCUGUUAAUCAUACAGCUGAGACUCAGGGGACAACUGGCAUGUAGUUUUCAAAAUUGAUAGCUUGUACUUCUUUGGAUAUUCAUACUUUUUUAUUUCAGUAAUAAAGCUUGUCGAUGUAUUCAAAGUUGAAAAUUUUUUUCGUCAAUAUUGACUAAUGUAGAAAUAAAUAUAAUUGGUAUAUCUUUUUAGAGUUAUCCCAAAUCUAUUGUUUCACAGGGGAACUUACAAGUUUCAUUGUUUCUUUGAUAUUGUGGAAUUCCAAAUGUAACUAUUAUAUUAUUUUAUUAUAUGUUAAAAUUUA